AUGGUGAUCGCUGCUGUCGGGCAGAUAUGCUCGACCUCUUCCAUGGCCCAUAACCUGGCUCAGUGCCAGAAGCUCAUCCACCAAGCUGUGGAGGCUGGAGCAAAAGCUCUAUUCCUCCCCGAAGCCUCCGACUAUAUUGCUUCAUCAGCAACCGAAUCCGUGGGUCUGUGUCAAGAUGUCUCCCAAAGUAUCUUUGUGCGCGGUUUGCGAGAAGCUGCCAAAGACAACAAUUUGUCCAUUAAUGUUGGUAUUCACGAACCGACAAUUCCACCCUCGAAAAGAAUAAGGAACACUCUGAUAUGGAUUGACAAAGAGGGGGACAUUGUUCAUCGAUACCAGAAAUUGCACGUUUUCGACAUCGAUCUCCGUCCAAACGGCCCCAGACUGAAAGAGAGUGAUUCAACAGAACCCGGACAUGAAAUUGUUCCACCGUAUUCCAUGUCCUUGGGCCAAAUCGGCAGCCUGAUCUGCUUCGAUCUACGUUUUCCAGAACCAGCUCUUCGUUUGCGUCGGUUAGGAGCCGAAGUUCUCCUUUAUCCUUCGGCAUUCACCGUUCCCACUGGCAAACUUCAUUGGGAGACUCUCCUCAGAUCAAGGGCCAUUGAAACACAAAGCUGGGUUAUAGCUGCUGCACAAUGUGGCAGACACAAUGAAAAGCGAGUCAGCUAUGGAGAUGCCAUUGUUAUCUCACCGAAUGGCCAGAUUGCUGGACGAUUGGACCACGUGGAAGAUCUGGACAGAGAAAAAGAACAUGCCCGUGAACCAGAAAUACUCACCGUUGAUGUUGAUCUUGAAUCUGUCAAAGAUAUCAGAAGAGGUAUUCCGCUACUAAGGAGGACUGAUGUUUAUCCGGAAAUCUGA